GGAUGGCCGAGCGGUCUAAGGCGUGCGACUCAAGAGAAGAAAGUCUUCCGAUUUUCCAUCUUGGGACCUGAGUACAGGUUUCUGUCUUCGCAUGGAGCAAUCCGCGUGGGUUCGAAUCCCACUCCUCUCAAUCUUGUUUUUUGUUUUUGAGUUUUUUUGGUUGGAUACAACUAUUUUUAGUCUUUUGAGAAUCCCCUGGCUGGAGUUAUUAUAAUGGUUCUCAAUUUUCAGCCAGUUUACAGUAUUCGAAACCGAGCCAGCCAAACUUGAACCGUGUCUUGCAGAGCGCAGAACUUGAAGCUCGGCAGCUGCGAAGGUGGUGUCCGUUGAUUGGUUCCUGUGGGACCUCACUCAGCUUUUUACCCGCGGCCCGACGACUGCAUAAAAAUCAUCACAUCAUAGUACAGUUGUAUUAUUAUCUUUCCCAGUGGUCAGGCUGCACUCAGUGGCCAAGUUCACCGAACCAGUUACUAGUACCACUAGUACUAUGGCACACGGUGUGGGAAGGGGAUGAAUAAUGACGAUGUGAGUUUUUGUGCACGCGCGUCGCCAAUGUUACACUGGCCAUCAAGUUGUGGUAGUGGUUUACUCCCCGCACAGCCUGAGGUGCCUACCUAGGUCCAGGACAUGAUGGAUGCGGUCACGGUGCACGAAAGUCAACCCACUUCUACUACCGGGAUGACAUGGACAGUUGAAUCAUAACAUUUAGCGACGGGGUUCCACUCCUGCCAUCUCCAACAAACAUGGACAUGGACAUGGCCUUGGGUUUGACUCUGCCCAUGGUAUGGUAUCCCUGACAAGAUCCAUUGUCAGCUAUGUCAUCACCAAAAGGAUGAGCCGAGUGAGAUGUUGAAUCCUGGUCGCCCUCCGAUGGCUGCCAGGCGCGCGGGGUGUGAGAUGAGACGGACUCGGAGUUGCGUACCUAAGGAUUGAUGAGAUAAGAAAAGAUGCAAAUGGACUCGGUCGUCUCAUGCAGUGAGUGGUCGAGUAUCCGGUGGGUAUUUGAACUGGGGAAGCCGGCGGCCAACAUGUGAGUGAAACGACACUACUAAGACCACUACUUUCACUCUUUCCCCUCAAAAUACCCACAACGGUCGAAGGGGGAAAUCAACAAAGGAUUGGAAUUCCGGGGAAAAAGAUACUGAGCUAAGCUGAUUUACCUCGGAUAUGUGAGUUUGAUUGAUCUUCUGACGACCCGGCGGAGGCCCACUACCAGCAUCUUGUAUAUACUGUAGACAAACCUACAGGGCAUCCCUACCUGCAGGAUCUACUGCAGCUUCUUCAUCACCUUACCUGCAAGGGAUCAAUUCAAAUCACAGCUGCUGCAUCCUCGCUGCCUCUACCUGUCUGUCUCUCCGCGUCUUUUGCAUCUCGCAGCACAGCAACCCUUCAACUCCAUUCCACCUGAUAUCGAGAAAUCUCUCCCGAGAUCGAAACGAACAACGACCAGACAUUUGAAAUGGCAGACAGUUUGUCGAACGCGGGCCGCCGGCUGGGCCAACUGAAGGAGUCGAUCCUGGGCAAGACGGCGAGCGAGAUCCCAUUCGACCCGGAGGCGACGUCGUUUCCGACACGCAAGAACCUGCCCAAGAUCGUCGGGGCGCCAGACGAAGCGGCCUGGGUCUGGGGCAAGGACGACAACAUUGGACGACUGAACCUGCUGACACCGGCGCGGGUCAAGGCGGCGGCGGCGUCCGAGAUACGGACGGGGGAGAUGGCGCGGCUGGACCUGCCGCUCAACGUGCCGGCGCAGCCGGCAUUUGGACGGCAAAAGUUCGAGCACAAGAUCAUCGAGCUGUUCGAGGACGUGGUGUUUGACGACAUCUACCACAUGAACACGCAGAGCGGGACGCAGUGGGACGGGUUCCGGCACUUUGCGCACCUGCCGACAAAGACCUUCUACAACAACACGCACAAGAGCGACGUCGUGGGCCCCACGGCCAACCACAAAUGCAGCGUCCACCACUGGUCGGAACAUGGCUUUUCCGGCCGCGCCGUCCUGCUCGAUUACCGGAGCUACGCCGACUCCCAGGGCAUCAAGUACGACACUGCAACUUCCCACGCCAUCUCGUAUGACGAUCUCGUCGCCUGCGGGAAAGCCCAGGGCCUCGACAUCCGCCCGCAAGCUCAAGGUGGCGACAUCAAGAUCGGCGACAUCUUGCUCAUCCGCUCCGGCUGGGUCGAGGACUAUUACAAGCGUACUCCUGAGGAGCGGGAGCGUCUGGCCCUGAGGGGCACCGCGGGUCACGAGGAUACCGUCGGUCAGUGGGCCGGCGUCAAGCAGGAGGAAGCCAUGAAGGAUUGGCUGCAUGAUUGCUACUUCGCCGCCGUCGGCGGUGACGCCCCGGCCUUUGAGAGGUGGCCCACCCCCGAGUCCUACCAUUUGCAUGAGUAUAUCCUAGCUCUCUGGGGAAUGCCUCUGGGCGAGAUGCUCGAUCUCGAAAAGGCCAGCCAGUUGGCCAAGAAGAACAAUCGCUGGACUUUCUUCUUCUCCAGCAGCCCUGCAAACUGUCCCGGCGGAGUCAGCAGCCAUGUCAAUGCCACCGCCAUUUUCUGAUGGAGGAAUCCUGAAGCUGAUAUGCGCGGCCAGUGGCGAAGGCACCGUGCCGGUGAAAUAAUCUGCUGGGAGAGGGGAAGGCAGGUAUUUUUGCUGUUUCCCACUGCAGUCUAUACUCCAGUCGUCCGGUUGUUUCAGUCCGCAGUACCAGCAGCUGGCCUCUCAAGUAUGAUAAUGACAUAGCCAUGCCCAUCUGGGUCUGACAGUAGCGAAUAUAACCAAACAACACGGCUCAGAAGCACAUGAACAUUGUCAAUGCACAGUAAUAGUUCGUGUGUUAAAGGAGGUGAUGGAUCGAGCAUGUCAUCCCUCUCGGUGUAGCAUUUGGAGAGCAGCUGGUGCAGAACACCAGCCGUUCGUCUAGUUCUGCUCUCGAGUCGGUUUCUGUU